UUCCGCCACGUGUCCCGCCGGGCCCGCUGGUUGCCGCGGCGACGGGAACCUCUCCCGCCCCUUCCGGCCUCGCAUGGCGCCGUCUCUUCCGCUGCGGGGAGUAAUAUGGGGACAAUACACCUGUUCCGCAAAUCACAGAGAUCAUUGGUUGGAAAGUUAACACAUGAAUUUAGGUUGGUUGCAGCAGACAGAAGGUCCUGGAAGAUUUUACUGUUUGGUGCUAUAAAUUUAAUAUGUAUUGGCUUCCUGCUCAUGUGGUGCAGCUCUACAAACAGCAUAGCUUUAACUGCUUACACAUAUUUGACAAUCUUUGACCUUUUCAGUUUGGUAACAUGUCUAAUAAGCUACUGGGUAAUGAUGAAGAAACCCAGCCCAAUCUAUUCAUUUGGGUUUGAAAGGUUUGAAGUUCUAGCUGUAUUUGCAUCUACAGUUCUGGCACAGCUUGGUGCUCUUUUUAUACUGAAAGAAAGUGCGGAGCGGUUUCUGGAACAGCCUGAGAUACACACGGGACGACUGCUGGUUGGUACUUUCGUGGCUCUCUUUUUCAACUUAUUUACAAUGCUUUCCAUUAAGAAUAAGCCUUUUGCUUAUGUCUCUGAAGCUGCCAGCACAAGUUGGCUUCAGGAGCAUGUUGCAGAUCUUAGUAGAAGUAUUUGUGGAAUCAUCCCAGGAUUGAGUAGCAUCUUUCUGCCACGGAUGAACCCUUUUGUCUUGAUUGAUAUUGCUGGAGCUCUAGCUCUUUGCAUUACAUAUAUGCUCAUUGAAAUCAACAAUUAUUUUGCUGUGGACACGGCCUCUGCUAUAGCAAUUGCUUUGAUGACAUUUGGUACCAUGUAUCCCAUGAGUGUCUACAGUGGGAAAGUACUACUCCAGACAACCCCACCUCAUGUGAUUGGCCAGUUAGAUAAACUUCUUAGAGAGGUUUCAACUUUGGAUGGUGUGUUGGAAGUUCGAAAUGAGCAUUUCUGGACAUUAGGUUUUGGCACUUUGGCUGGAUCAGUCCAUGUCCGAAUUCGGAGAGAUGCAAAUGAGCAAAUGGUUCUUGCCCAUGUCACUAACAGAUUGUACACAUUGGUCUCUACCUUGACUGUUCAGAUUUUCAAAGAUGACUGGAUCAGACCUACCUUAUCAUCUGUGCCUAUUGCAAACAAUAUUCUGAACCUUUCGGAUCAUCACAUUAUUCCAAUGCCAUCUUUGAAAGCUGCUGACAAUUUGAACCCUGUUACCUCCACUCCAGCUAAGCCCAGCAGCCCGCCACCAGAAUUUUCUUUUAACACACCAGGCAAAAAUGUGAGUCCAGUCAUCCUUCUAAACACUCAGACAAAGCCCUAUGGAUUGGGCUUUAAUCAUGGAUCUGCACCCUACAGCAGUGUACUCAGUCAAGGACUUGGAAUACCAGGAAUUGGAGCAGCUCAAGGAUUCAGAACUGGUUUUGCAAAUGUCCCAGGCAGAUAUGGAACAAACGCUCGUGGUCAGCCCCGACCAUAAUAAACACCAUUAUUUAUUAUA